AUGGUACUGAACGAACUUGAGAACUGUCGGUUUUAUAGAAAAUUAACAGCCAACGAAGAUCGUCACACAAUGCUCAAGGUUGAGAAAUUAACUAAAAAAUAUGCCGACAAUUUAACAAAAAAUGAAAUUGAUUUCUUAACUAACUUUGAAUUGAAAUCCAGUAAUUUCUAUGGAUUACCAAAAGUCCACAAAUCUAAGGAGAUCCAGGAAGCUGUGAAAAAUUGUGAUGACGCAUAUAUAAAAAUAUCCCAACCUGCUGACCUUAAAAUACGUCCGAUCAUCGCUGGACCUGCAUCAAGCACCCAACGACUGAGUAAUUUAUUGGACAUUUUAUUGAAACCACUAUGCAAAUUAUUACCCAGUUUCGUAAGAGAUGAUAUGGAUUUUCUGAAUUAUAUUCCCCAAAAUGUAGACCCAAACACUAUUCUCGUCAGUUUUGAUGUUACAAGUUUGUACACAAAUAUCCCACAUAUUUUGGGACUGGAAGCAGUUAGUUACUGGAUAGACAAACAUCCGGAUAUUAUAAAUGAACGAUUCCCAAAAGAAUUCAUUUUAGAAGGACUGAAGAUAGUGUUGGAAAAUAACCAUUUCCAUUUUAACAAUGAGUUCUACCUACAAAUAAAAGGAACCGCCAUGGGGACAAAAGUUGCUCCCUCAUACGCAACUUUAGUGAUGGGAUAUUUAGAAGAUCAACUAUAUGGAAAAAUACCUGAACUGUUUGAUGUCGACUUUGCUAACUACAUAAAAAAUAAUUGGAAACGUUACCUAGACGACUGCUUCAUAUUUUGGACCAGGAGUGAAGAAGACUUAACUAAAUUCCAUUCACUUCUAAAUAACCUCCAUGAUUCCAUACAAUUUACUAUAGAAAAAAGUAGUACGGAACUUCCAUUUUUAGAUCUUCUUAUUAUAAAGAAUGGAUCGUGUAUAACUACAGACUUGUACUGUAAACCCACGGACACGCACCAAUAUUUGGAUUUUAGAUCGUGCCACCCAUCCCACACAAAACGUAAUAUUCCGUUUAAUUUAGCACGGAGAAUUUGUACAAUUAUUACAGAUGAAACCCUACGAUGUAGACGUUUGGAAGAAUUAAAACUAUAUUUAAGACGGCAAAAUUAUCCAUUGGAUCUAAUAAACAUUGGAAUAGAAAAGGCAUCCGAAAUUCCAAUAGAGGACCUAAGAAAUCCACGCCAUAUAGACGACACCGAUGAUGACGGGAAAAUAGCCUUUGUAGUUACCCAUAACCCAAGGAACAGAAACAUCCUUAUGGACGCUAAAAGAUUUUAUCCCAUUUUAGAACAAUCGGAAAACAUGAAAAGUUUAGUUCAGCCAAAUGAUAUCAUAAACAGUCGACGACAAGCACCAAGUCUUAAAAAACUGUUGACCAAGGCCCGUUUUACAACACAGGAGGAAAUUCCAACCAUUAAAAAAUGCGGAGAUCCGAGAUGCGGAACAUGUACAUAUUUAGAAGAGGGGAAUAAAAUCCAACUUAAAUCAGGAAUGGAAAUUCGAACCAACUCAUCUAUGAACUGUAAAUCGGAAAACGUCAUCUACUGUGCCAUCUGUCCGACGUGUAAAGAAUAUUAUAUUGGACAAACGGGAAAAUUAAAUGCCAGGGUUCGUGUGCACAAGCAACAAAUUAAAGACCCUAGUGUGCGUAAUACACCGUGUUGUGAACAUUUCGCAAAAUGUGGCAAAGGAAUAUUUAAGAUUUUCCCUUUUUAUAAACUUCCAAGUGAAAACGAAAAUUUACGUUUGGCAAAAGAAGACUUUUUUAUCAACCUCUUUAAACCCAAACUUAAUCGGAAAUGA